AUGCCAUCGAUUCAGACCUCAAGUCACAUACAUAAAAACAUCGACCGUGUCUGCGCAAAAAAUAAAGCUCAUGUGACACUAGCACCUGAAGUCACCCCAACUAUACUAACAGGUAAGCCUCACGAAGGCUUACGCAAAAGGGGGUGGAAUCCAGGGGCCAAUGGAGGUCCAUGGAGCGGGAGCGGACCUUGGAGUGGCAGCGGACCAUGGAGUGGAAGUGGACCAUGGCCGACGACUGGUACUUGGUCAGGCAAUUGGGGCCCGGGGGCAGGUCCUUUUGGAGGCAACUGGGGCCCUUGGGGUUCAACAGGACCCUGGACAAAUGGGCGAUGGACUUCAUGGUGGGGAACAGAAGCAUGUCCUGGUGCAACAUGGAGUGGCUGGACAAGUGGCCCUUGGUCGACCAAUGCACCGUGGACAAGCUGGUCGGCAUGCACUGCAACCACUACAGCAACCACCUCAUAUACCACCACAAUAGAGGGUGGCAGCGUCGUAACGGGCACAACAUUCGGAGUGAAAGUUGCAGAGGUUAGCGCCAAAAGUGCCGGAUCAAAGGCUCCCAACCCCAGUGUACUGAGCUUGAUGGCGUUUUGGCUAGGUUUUGGUGCUUUCUGCUGGUUUUGGUAA